AUGACCGCAACAGUGAAGGCAUGGCAUUAUGAUGACUGCCGACGAUUGUCGAUCGACAUUGAGCAAAUCAAAUACCAUGAUCUUAAAAAGAAGCUCCAAAACACAUUCCAACUCGAGAACGAGUUCACGGUCAAGUACACGGACAUGGACGGUGAUCUGUGCACGAUCAGUGGAGCAGAGGAAUUCGAGGACCUCGUCAACUCGGACCUUGUCAAGGGACGCAAAGGAACAGUUCGACUCCAGGUUUUCCCUAAUCGUCAUGGUCUUAGCAGCAACGCCAGUACUAUCAGUCGUGGAGCGAGUCGUCGAGCUAGUAUCCUCCAUAGGCGUGAUUCUUCUGAUUCAGGUACCUCAACUCUUGUAGGUGAUUCCAAUGCUAUCUUUGAUAACCAAUACACCGACUGUGAUAUGCUCGAGAUCUUGCGUGAUAUCAGUCUUUUCAUUUGUGCGCGAGGCAUGGAUCGUCAUGGAGAGCAUGAAAAUGCAAUGGCAGAGUUGCCGCCUGGAGCAUCGUCAUGGGUUUCUGCUGGCAAGAACCUUAUCACACCGACAACUGCUCAAAACUUUCAACGACUGAACCAUGCCAGAGCUGUUCGCGCGAAAUUCCCUUUAACCAAUGGUGCAGAACUUUUGAAGGGAUUGGAUGGACAUGUGCACAAUUGGACUGUUGAUACCACUGGUCAAUGGCUCAAGAGCAAUGGAUAUGAAGAUACUGUUCAAAUCUUCAAAGAUCACGACAUCACCGGUGAUGUUCUGUUGGAAUUGACGCACGAUACCCUCAAGGAUAUGGGAGUAACCUCUACAGGACGACGAAUCCGUCUUCUUAAAAUGAUCACAGAGUUACGACUCUAUGCCGCGGAUUUGGCCAUUCAGGAAGAAGACGAAGCACAAGCUUUGGAGUCCCUCCACAUCAACUAG